AUGGGUUUCGGCGACUUCGAUACGAUAUGCGAGAAGGCGCCUAUCCCGCUCUGUUCGCUGGUUGGGCACUCGACCGUGUCGUCGAGCGGCACCGGAAUCCAAGCCACAUGUUAUGCGCGGUCUAUUGAGUUGGCGAACACCAUGAUCUUCGAGACUGCUGCAGAUUUCAUGCAUAUUCUGGCCCUCAUUAUGACCGUCAUCAUGAUUGUCCAUGUGCGCUCAAAGUUUACUGCUGUCGGCCGCAAGGAAAUCACGACCUUCUUCUACAUCUUUCUGGUCCUGACUAUUUUCUCUUUGCUGCUUGAUGCGGGCGUUGUGCCUCCGGGCAGUGGCGCAUUCCCAUACUUUGCCGCUGCCCAGAACGGCCUGUCGUCUGCCCUGUGCACUUGCCUGCUGAUUAAUGGCUUCGUCGGCUUCCAGCUGUACGAGGAUGGCACGACCCUCUCGGUGUGGCUGCUGCGCUUGUGUUCGGUUGGCAUGUUCAUCAUCUCUGGCGCUGUGUCACUUUUGACGUUCAAGGGCUGGGCUGGCUUGGGCCCCGACAACACCAUCGGCCUGUUCGUCGUGCUCUACCUCCUCAACGCCAUUUUCCUCUUUGUUUACGUCGUACUUCAGCUUAUGCUGGUCGUCAACACCCUUCAGGACCGCUGGCCUCUGGGACAUAUCAUUUUUGGUGUGUUCUUCUUCGUCAUCGGCCAGGUCAUCUUGUAUUUGCUCAACGACACCAUCUGCGAGGGGGCUGCACACUAUCUGGACGGACUAUUUUUCGCUACCAUCUGCAACCUUCUCGGCGUCAUGAUGGUUUACAAGUACUGGGAUUCCAUCACCAAGGAGGACCUCGAGUUCAGUGUCGGCGUCAAAGCUCACACUUGGGAGGUCAAGGAGCUACUCCCCGAGGAGGACCGCAAGACCGGCUACUUCGAAUCAGACUACGCCAGCGUGUACCAGCCCAACAACCGUUACUCGCAUGCGGGCUACUAA